AUUACAUUGCAAAUAUAUAUUGCAAUAUCAAAACUUAAAACAAGAAGUAGAGAAAUAUGGGUUUCACCGAAAACCAAGAGGCUUUAGUUAAUAGCUCAUGGGAAGCAUUUAAACAAAACCUUCCUAAAUACAGUGUUUUGUUCUACACUAUUAUAUUAGACAAAGCACCUGCAGCAAAGGGCAUGUUCUCUUUUCUUAAGGAUUCAGCUGGAGUACAAGAUAGUCCUAAACUCCAAGCCCACGCUGAAAAAGUUUUUGGAAUGGUACGCGACUCGGCUGUUCAACUCCGAGUAAAAGGAGAAGUGGUUUUGGGUGAUGCUACACUAGGCGCUAUCCACAUCCAAAAGGGAGUUGUUGAUCCUCAUUUUGUGGUGGUUAAAGAAGCUUUGCUAAAAACAAUAAAGGAAGUAUCAGAAGAUAAAUGGAGUGAAGAAUUAAACACUGCUUGGGAGAUAGCCUAUGAUGGAUUGGCAAGUGCAAUUAAAAAGGCAAUGAAUUAAACAAGACGAUUUAUAGUCAUAAAUAAAUUUAAUACAUAAAAAUUGUAUUACUAAAACUUGUUUAACAAGUUUAUAUAAUAAAUAAAUUUAAUAAAACUUGCUAAAAAAAAGUUUCUAUAAUAAUAAAUAUAUUUUUUUUUACAA